CCCGACGCCAGCGUGGAGGCCCUCCCCGACGCCAGCGUGGAGGCCCUCCCCGACGCCAGCGUGGAGGCCCUCCCUGACGCCAGCGUGGAGGCCCUCCCCGACGCCAGCGUGCACGCGCUCCCAGACGAGAUCCUGACGUUCGUCUUCAGCAUGCUGACUGACGGCGCCACUCUGCUCGACGUGCUGCCGCUGGACGCGGCCCCCGUCUGGAGGGAUCGCCGAGACCAUCGCGUCCUGCUGCACGCGCCCGCCGCCAAGUCCCUCACCAUCGGGACGACAUGCCCCAUUCUGCUGCAGUCUUCCCUGCGCCGCAGCCGCGUCCAGGUGAAAAGCUUCUCCCUUCGAGUCCUGCACGCCCAUGGGCAAGAGUCCAAGGUGGACACUGGCGUCGUCCACUUCCUGUCACGGCAGCGAAGCCUGCGCGGUCUGCUCCUGUUCCUGUCCUGGGGCUACAACACGGCCAUCCUGGCCACCAUCGCCUCGCUGAGCAGCUUGCGGAAGCUGCACAUGCUGCUCGACGAGGGGAAGCGGUACCGGCAGCACACGCGGUACAACGGAGAGCUUGCCGGCGGGCUGCCGGAGCUACGCGAGCUGCGCGUCUACGCCCUGGACCAUUGGACCCUGAACCGUCGCAGCUUCCCCGGCCUCGUCGGCGACCUGGCGCGCGGCGCGAGAGCGCUCCGCGUGCUGGAGGUGGACUUGCCGUCCGCCGCCGACCGGGACGCCGUGCUGCAGCUGCGUGGACUGGAGCACGUGCAUCUCCACGUGUUCAAGGACGCUGAGAGGCCGCAGUCCACGGCCGACGUCGUGCGGGAGGCCUUCGCCUUCCUGUUCCAGAUGGACACCACUGCCCUGCAGUCCGUGGCCAUCUGGCUGGGCCCUGGGGCGGCUAACGUCAACUGGCUCGCAGAGUUGACCCAGAGCCGGAAGGUUGCCCAAGAGUUUCUCGCCUCCAUGCCUCAUGUGUUGUUUGAUGUGUUCUAUGGUCGUACUACCAAAACCAAUGAUUGGUAUCGCGAAAUAAUUAAUCGUCUUGAAAAGAAUCGUCCAGCAGAUGCUGUUUGCCUGUUUAGGUACCCCAAGUUAAACUAGGUAAAGUCUAAACUUAAAGCUGAGCCUAAGUUCCCACUUGCAAGUUGACAUUUCAUAAAGGUAAAAUAAUUUUUUUUCUGUACUUUGAUAAUAUUUUUUAAUUUUUCUAAGUUUGAAUGUGGGAUUAACAGUAUUUCCACUUUGUUUUCCUAGUUAAAAAG